UUUUAUUUCGUGUAAAGAGAGAGCUCAAAGAUGGAACCAACAGAGAAACCAUCGACCAAACCGUCUGCUCGGACUCUACCUAGAGACACUCGUGGCUCUCUCGAAGUAUUCAACCCGUCAACUCAUCCGGCCCAACCCGAUAACCCGGUGUACCGUCCUGAACCACCAACGAGGCAAAACUUGAACAAUCCACGUGGCACCAGUCCUCAACCCCGACCAGAACAAGAACCAGCUCCAUCCAACCCUGUUCGGUCUGAUCAAGAAAUCACUGUCACAACCUCAUGGAUGGCUCUGAAAGACCCAUCACCGGAGAAAAUCUCCAAGAAGACGAUCACCUCCGAGAAACCACAGAAGUCGGCGGUGGCGGCUGAGCAGAGAGCGGCGGAAUGGGGAUUGGUUUUGAAGACGGAUACAAAGACGGGAAAGCCACAAGGAGUGAGCGUGAGGAACUCUGGUGGGACUGAGAAUGAUCCGAACGGGAAAAAGACUACAUCGCAGAGAAACUCGCAGAAUUCUUGCCGGAGCUCCGGCGAGAUGUCCGACGGAGAUGUCGUCGGAGGGAGAGGAGGGAUUCCAAGAGUAUCGGAAGAUCUGAAAGAUGCGUUGUCGACGUUUCAACAAACGUUUGUGGUUUCUGAUGCUACCAAACCUGAUUACCCGAUUAUGUACGCAAGUGCUGGUUUCUUCAAUAUGACCGGUUACACUUCCAAAGAGGUCGUCGGCAGAAACUGCCGAUUUUUACAAGGAUCAGGGACAGAUGCUGAUGAGUUAGCGAAGAUAAGAGAGACAUUAGCUGCUGGUAACAAUUAUUGUGGACGUUUAUUGAAUUACAAGAAAGAUGGGACCUCUUUUUGGAAUCUUCUCACGAUUGCUCCCAUUAAAGACGAGAGUGGCAAAGUUCUCAAAUUUAUUGGAAUGCAAGUGGAGGUGAGCAAGCACACUGAAGGGGCCAAAGAAAAGAGUUUGAGGCCCAAUGGGCUUCCGGAAUCUCUGAUUCGAUAUGAUGCCCGCCAAAAAGAUAUAGCUACGAACUCAGUGACUGAGCUAGUGGAGGCGGUGAAGAGACCUCGAGCACUAAGCGAAUCGACGAAUCUCCAUCCCUUCAUGACAAAAUCGGAGAGCGAUGAACUUCCGAAAAAACCUGCUCGGCGAAUGUCCGAAAAUGUUGUUCCGUCAGGCCGAAGAAACUCUGGCGGCGGGAGAAGAAACUCGAUGCAGCGAAUCAACGAAAUUCCCGAGAAGAAAUCGAGAAAAUCUUCUCUUUCCUUCAUGGGGAUUAAGAAAAAGAGUGAAUCUUUGGAUGAAUCUAUAGACGAUGGAUUUAUAGAAUAUGGAGAAGAAGAUGAUGAAAUAAGUGACAGAGACGAGAGACCAGAGAGUGUGGAUGAUAAAGUGAGACAAAAGGAAAUGAGAAAGGGUAUUGAUCUCGCUACUACACUCGAACGUAUCGAGAAGAAUUUUGUCAUCACUGAUCCUAGACUUCCCGAUAAUCCCAUUAUUUUUGCAUCUGAUAGUUUCUUGGAGCUCACGGAAUAUAGCCGUGAAGAAAUUCUUGGCAGAAAUUGCAGGUUUCUGCAAGGUCCAGAGACUGAUCUGACCACGGUGAAGAAGAUUCGAAAUGCUAUUGAUAACCAAACUGAAGUGACGGUUCAGCUCAUCAACUACACUAAGAGCGGAAAGAAGUUUUGGAACAUUUUCCACUUGCAACCUAUGCGUGAUCAAAAGGGAGAAGUACAAUACUUUAUUGGAGUUCAACUAGACGGAAGCAAGCACGUAGAGCCAGUUCGCAAUGUCAUUGAAGAAACCGCAGUGAAAGAGGGGGAAGAGCUGGUGAAGAAAACAGCUGUAAAUAUCGAUGAAGCGGUUCGAGAACUUCCUGAUGCCAACAUGACACCAGAGGAUUUAUGGGCAAACCACUCAAAGAUUGUUCAUUGUAAGCCUCAUAGGAAAGAUUCACCACCAUGGAUAGCUAUCCAAAAGGUAUUGGAAAGUGGUGAACCAAUUGGUUUGAAGCAUUUCAAACCGGUGAAGCCUUUGGGUUCCGGUGAUACAGGAAGUGUGCAUCUAGUGGAACUCGUUGGAACUGAUCAGUUGUUUGCAAUGAAAGCAAUGGACAAGGCUGUCAUGCUCAACCGAAACAAAGUGCAUAGAGCUAGAGCUGAGAGAGAGAUCCUCGAUUUGCUUGACCAUCCUUUCCUUCCUGCACUCUACGCUUCAUUUCAGACAAAAACACAUAUAUGUCUUAUAACAGAUUACUAUCCAGGAGGAGAACUCUUCAUGCUCCUAGAUCGACAACCUAGGAAAGUUCUCAAGGAAGAUGCUGUAAGAUUCUAUGCUGCUCAAGUUGUCGUUGCACUCGAGUAUCUUCACUGUCAAGGAAUAAUUUACCGAGACUUGAAACCGGAAAACGUGUUAAUCCAAGGCAAUGGCGAUAUCUCCUUAUCGGAUUUUGAUCUGUCUUGCUUGACAUCUUGCAAACCUCAGCUGUUGAUUCCGAGUAUAGAUGAGAAGAAGAAGAAAAAACAACAAAAGAGUCAACAAACUCCAAUCUUCAUGGCUGAACCAAUGCGUGCAUCAAACUCAUUUGUUGGCACUGAAGAAUAUAUUGCUCCGGAAAUUAUAUCCGGGGCAGGACAUACGAGUGCAGUGGACUGGUGGGCUCUUGGUAUCCUUAUGUAUGAAAUGUUAUACGGAUACACUCCGUUUAGAGGAAAAACAAGACAGAAGACUUUCACCAAUGUUCUUCAGAAAGAUCUCAAGUUUCCAGCUAGCAUUCCUGCAAGUCUUCAAGUGAAACAGCUGAUCUUUAGGCUCUUACAACGAGAUCCGAAGAAAAGAUUAGGCUGUUUUGAAGGAGCAAACGAAGUCAAGAAACAUUCUUUCUUCAAAGGCAUAAAUUGGGCUCUUAUUCGAUGCACGAAUGCUCCGGAGCUAGAGACUCCGAUAUUUUCUGGCGAAGCUGAAAACGGAGAGAAAGUUGUUGAUCCAGAGCUAGAAGAUCUGCAAACAAAUGUUUUUUGAAAUGUGAAUUAAAUGUUUCUUGUUUUC